GCGAGCCCCCAGUCAGCAGUCAUGAUGGCGGUGAGGGUUCUGGUGCUGGUUCUGGCCCUGCUGGUGAGCGCUCGCAGCGACGUGAGGGCCAGAGACCCUGAGGUGGAGCAGCAGGAGGAGGACUGGGCGGGAGCGGCGGGCGUGGUCAGUGCCACAGAGACCCCCCUGCUGGGAGAGGGCGGCAACUACCCGGCCCGAAGCGGGAACUGGUGUGCGUUUGUGCAGAAGCGUGUGGCGAGCAUGGCGGUGGCGUGCGGGACUGAGAAGUACACCAUCAAGUCUCAGAGUCCGUGUCCCAGCGGAUCACCAGACUGUCACCUGGUCAUGUACAAGCUGUCCACUCGGCCGCUGUACAGACAGCAGCAGAAGACGUUCACUGCCCUCUUGUGGAGAUGUUGUCCAGGACAUGGAGGAAACAACUGUGACGACACAGUCGCUGAAGAAGCACACACACACUCAGGAAGUGCAGCAUCCGAAGUUCAAGGUGCACCUGGAGGUCUCCACAAUCCUGGCGUGCAGCAGCGGCGAGGAGACCCCGACGGGGAGCAGAACGACCACCAGGGGUCAGUCAACACACCACACCAUGUCAACCAGCGCAAUGACACAAGCCCCGCCCACAAUCACCAUGGGGCCCACGUACCCAACAGUGAACACACCCAGCAUCCCAGUCGCGUCCCUCAUCAGGACCAGCACCACAUCCAUGUCCAGAAUCAAGACCAUGUCCAGCAUCAGGACCACACCCAGCAUCCAAUCCACGUACAGAAUCAGGACCAUGUCCAGAAUCAGGACCAUGUCCAACAUCCCAUCCGUGUCCAGAAUCAGGAUCAAGUCCAGCAUCCUAUCAAUGUCCAACAACCAAUCCAUGUCCAGAAUCAGGACCAUGUCCAACGUCCCAUCCGUGUCCAGAAUCAGGACCAAGUCCAGCAUCCUAUCAAUGUCCAACAUCCCAUCCGUGUCCAGAAUCAGGACCAAGCCCAGCAUCCUAUCAAUGUCCAACAUCCAAUCCAUGUACAGAAUCAGGACCAUAUCCAACAUCCCAUCCAUGUCCAGAAUCAGGACCAAGUCCAGCAUUCUAUCAGUGUACAGAAUCAGGACCAUGUCCAACAUCCCAUCCGUGUCCAGAAUCAGGACCAAGUCCAGCAUCCUAUCAAUGUUCAGCAUCCAAUCAAUGUCCAGAAUCAGGACCAAGUCCAACAUCCUAUCCGUGUCCAGAAUCAGGACCAUAUCCAACAUCCCAUCCGUGUCCAGAAUCAGGACCAAGUCCAGCAUCCUAUCAAUGUCCAGCAUCCGAUCAAUGUCCAGAAUCAGGACCAAGUCCAGCAUCCUAUGCGUCUCCAGAAUCAGGACCAUGUCCAACAUCCCAGUCGCGUCCUUCAUCAGGACCAUGCUAAGCAUCCUAUCAAUGUCCAGAAUCAGGACCAUGUCCAGCAUCCUAUCAAUGUCCAGAAUCAGGACCAAGUCCAGCAUCCUAUCAAUGUCCAGAAUCAGGACCACGCUAAGCAUCCUAUCAAUGUCCAGAAUCAGGACCACGUCCAGCAUCCUAUCCACGUCCAGAAUCAGGACCACGUCCAGCAUCCUAUCAAUGUCCAGAAUCAGGACCACGUCCAGCAUCCUAUCCACGUCCAGAAUCAGGACCACGUCCAGCAUCCUAUCAAUGUCCAGAAUCAGGACCAAGUCCAGCAUCCUAUCAAUGUCCAGAAUCAGGACCACGUCCAGCAUCCUAUCAAUGUCCAGAAUCAGGACCACGUCCAGCAUCCUAUCAAUGUCCAGAAUCAGGACCACGCUAAGCAUCCUAUCCGUGUCCAGAAUCAGGACCAAGUCCAGCAUACCUCCAUCACACAUGGCCAGGACCUCCUUCCUGGUGUGUCUGAGGCGGAGGUGCUGACCUACACUGAGGUGCCUGCAGUGCUGCCUGUCCCCCACAUGAUGGCGCUGCUCAUGUCUCAGCUGCAGCCGCUGCUGGACGGCUUCAACCGCUCGUUGGCGCUGCUGAGUCAGCAGGUUGGCACCUUGGCGGGCGAUGUUGCCCAGCUGAAGAGCGGCCAGCAGGAGGCGGAGGAGGAGAAGGAGGAGGAGGAGGAGCGGCCGGGCGCCGAAGUGCUCCACCAGAUGGUGGCGCUGCAGCGACAGAUGGACGUCCAUCAGAGGGAGGUGGAAGGAAGGCUGCACUCCCAGCAUGCAAUGCUGCAUUACAACAUCAGCAGCUUCAAGACCGACGUCGACCUCAAACUGAAAAGACAUCACAAGAUGCUGCAGAUCAGCCUGCAGGCCAUGAACGCUACACUGGCUGAGAUGAAACAGCACCAGGACCAGGACCAGGACCAGGACCAGGACGAGGGGCAGCUAGAGUGGCCCCCGCUGGCGGUGCAGCCGUCCCCUGCAGUGUGGGAGGCCAUCGAGCGUCUGGACAACACGGUGGUCAACAACACAGUCAAGGUGGGCGGGCUGAUGGAGGACGUGGAGGCGACGGCGGGCGGCGUCCAGCAGCUGAAGCGGGACUUGAAGGCGCUGGGCGAGCGCAUCAACCAGACGGCGAGGACCAGCCAGGUCCAGUUCAUGGAGACGGGUCUGGAAGUGGAGGCGGCCAAGGUGGCGGUGCUGAGUCAGGUGGGCGAGCUGGCGGAAAACGUGAGCCAGCAGGGGCGCCGUCUGCAGGAGAUGGACGUGGACGUGGACUACCUGUACACCGUCCUCUACAAACACAACGCCUCCGGCCACUGCGACUGUCUCCGCCUCAAGGACGCCGUGGCCACGCUGGAGAGGGGCGUGGCCAACGUGACGGAGCUGGCCAAUGAGAACCGGCUAGCUCUGGACGAAGACAAACAGGCCGGGACGGGGCAGUGGGUCGGGGCCAGUGACUGGGAGCCGGCGGUGGAGGCGGUUCAACGAGGCCUCCAGCAGGCCAUGGAGUCUCUGGUCUCACACCAGACCAGGACCAGGACCUUGGACGUGACCCUGGCUCGGCUGGGCAGCAGUCUGGAGGAGGCGGCUGCGGAGGUGUCGCGCCUGAAGGAGGCGGACAGGAAGCGGACGGACGAGAUGAAGCGCCUGUCGGGGUCCUUCAACUCCCUGCUGAAGGACGCCAUUCGCCACAGCGACGUGCUGGAGCUCCUGCUGGGCGAGGAGGUGCUGGAGUUCCUGGAGUGGCCCCUCCAGGACCAGGAGGCCCACUCCAUACCCGCCCUCAAGGAGCAGCUGAGGUUCCUGCAGGAGCAGAUCCAAGGACACAACCUCAGUCUCAGCUGGUUGAUAGGGGGCGGGCAGGAAGUUCCCCCCGCGGACGAGCCGUCUCCCUGGUUGGCGUCCAGGGAGCAAGGCGCGGGGGGCGGAGACGCCGGAGACCCGCGGAAGAUGGAGAGGAGCGUCGACGAGCCGAAGCUGAAGAUGCCGCAAGAGGAACCCUGCUGCCCGCGCCUUGUGGGAGGGGCGCCGCCCGCUGGCGAGGAAGCCACGCUGCACACGGAGGUGGCGCGGCUGAAGAGAGGACUGGAGGAACACCUGAGGACGUUCAAGAGCGUCUUCAGCAACGCCGACGUGCUGGAGCGGAGCCACGCCACGCUGGAGCUGGACCAGGUGUGGCGGCUGCUCGGCAGGAAGAAGGAGCGAGGAGGGCGCCGUCGCAGCAGGAGGCGGGCUGGAGACGUCCCCGCCGCUCUCAGCCAAUCACACGCCACGAUGCCGCCGCGGGCCGCCUCCCCUCUCAGAAUGUCUGAUGCGUCUCUCGACAGAGGAAACUUGGUCCGCCGCAGCGGGGGGGACGGCGUCUACGUCUUCACGCUCGCGACGGACAUGAGGGCGCUGAGGAAGCCGCUCCGGCAGCAGGGGGCGCCGUCACGGCCUCGCACCGCCCACCUGAGGCUCAGGAGGGGGGAGGAGCUUAGACUGGAGAUAAGGGGCGGGGAGUGGGCGGAGUCAGGAGACGCCUUUGCGGCGCUGUUGUUACGCCGUGACACCUGAGGGCGCUGUGAGCCAAUCAGGAGGUAAAGACAAGAAGAUGGCGCGGGAAGUCACUCGUGGAGCGAAUGACCGAACGUAGCAUGCUAACACGAGGAAGCUAACAUAACCACUUCAAACACAACAACACUUCUGUCAGUACACUUGAGUAAGUACACUGUGUGUGUACCAUGUGUACUUACUUCCUGUGUCCCACAUCCAAUCUCGUCCCUACACUUCCAUCACCAACAGUUUUGGUCCGUGUACGUCCGUUUUGGGUUUGGAAUAGAGAAAUAAUUUAACAUAAAAAUAAAUUUUCCUCGUUUUUUGGUUUGAUAAUAAAAAAUAAAGGAUUUAUUAAUGCGUUUAAAAAAAUUGGAAUUAAAAGAGCAAGUGGAAAACUAUUUUCUCCAUUUCCUGUGUAAUGUUUCACAUAUGGUAGAUUGCACAUGCGCAGUGUCUCUUUUCCGUUACCUCGUCUUUUGGUGACCCGGAUGAACAACAGCAGAAGAAGAAGAGCGACUUUUGCCUGCUCAAUAUAGAAACAAUAAAAUAUGUCACUUUCCAUGUCUCAGGACGUUAAAAAAUAGAAUUCUUCAACACCACAAACAUGUUUUGACGACACUGACACCGCUGUUUGUCUACUUUGUCUUCAUUCAUGGUAAUGAUAAAUUUGGAUAACGUUUCUGGGGAAAGCGGAUUCUUAUGUUCAAUUGUUUUUCUGUUCCAAGCUCAAAACAGACAUAUACGGACCAGUUGCUUACCAGCCGCCAUUAUUUAAGUUUUCUGCUUCUUCUACGCAACCAAAAGUUGUUUUGUUGUCACUGCCCGAUCUGUUGGCGCCCAAACUCGGCAACUUCCGGUCCCCGGUUUACGUUUCUUAACCGCCAAUAAUCGACAACUACACUUUCAAAAUAAAAGUACUACGUUUUUUUGUAAACGAUUUUAGCAUUUCCAAAUGCUUUGAAUGCACAUUAUUUUUGUAAUAUUUGUACACGACAGGAAGUUGUUUGAGCAGAAAGAUCGGGCAACUUAACGACAUGUCCAAGUCUCCACAAACGUAUUGUGCAACAUGCGAGUACUUAGUGCACUGCAUGUACGUACUUACGCACUCAAAUUAAUUACCAAUCGUUUUCCUAAUGAAUAAUAUUUACCUGAAAAGUGAUCAAUUCAUCUUCUAUUGAAAUGUUUUAUCUGUAAAAAAUAAAAUCAACUGACCUUUGAUGUAUACUAAAAAUGUACGCUUGACUUGUGAUAUUUAUGUACAAAUGCAUAUUUAAAUAAAAAAUAAUGAACUAAGCUGCUGUUUUGUAAACAAUAAAAGAUGCAACAUCAUCUUGCUGAAACGAAAACUGACAAGACGUUGUUUUUUUC